CACCGCUCAUCCCUCCUGCCAAAUGGACGAGGAGCAGCAACGACUGGCGGAGCGAUUUCCACGAAUUUGGUCUGAAAUCUGAAACAUUCAUAACCGAACCGAGUCCGACAGCAGGAUUAUCAGAUCUUCUCCUUAUUCUGACAGAUGAUCGACGCUCGUCUGUGUGGAUAAACCCGACGAACCUGAAGAAGAGAACCCGGUUCGGCCUCCGGUCCGACCGAGUGUCUGUGUCAGUCUGUGUGUGUUUGUGUGUUAUUGAUCAAAACUUUAGCCUGUGGAUUAUUCGUGUUUUGAUAUCUCUCUGCUUAAUGUGAGACUGUUGUUUGUUUGUGUGUGUUUGUGUUGAUGCACUGACACACACACACACGCACGCGCGCGCGCACACACACAUACAUGUGUUGUUGUGUUGUGGUGGUUCGAUCCAGUUAUCUGUGAUUCGGGCCAUUCAAGUUUAAUUUGUGUAUCGGAGGUGUAGUUGUGUAGUUUGUAUGGAUAUGCGAUAGACACACACACACACACAUACUGGGUCGGUCCGGGUUCUGCUGCAGAAUCAGGAUGGAGAACCCGCAGAGAUCCGGUCCACUGGUCCGAGACCUGACACGAGUCUUCAGCCACUACAACAAACAUAACAUCCAGCUAAAGAAGAACCUGAAAGAGACCACCUCCUUCUUCAGAGAGAUCCGACAGAACCACAGUAACACCUGUACUGGAUCUGGAUCUGCUCCGUAUUCUCCUGUUGAGUUAGGUCAGCUCAGCUCUAUCUCAUUGCCACGCCACGAUGAAGAACAUCUACAGAAUGUUGUCAGCAGCACCCCUUAUAUUCUGAUCCUGGGUCAGGACUGCGCAGCCCGAUACCGACUCCUAAACUGUCUGCUGGGCGAGAAGCUCCUCCCACUCGGACCUGAGGCAGGUGGGGCGUGCGGAGAAGAGGGCGGAGCCUGCAGGAGAAGGAAGUUGUGUUUUACGCACGGCCGACAGACCCGUCUGAGUCUUGCGUUACCGGGUCAAUAUGAGUUGGUGCAUCAGCUGGCGGCUCACUGCGGGCGUUGGGAGACGGUACCGCGCGAAGACCUGGAGAUCCAGGAGUGUGAAGAUCCCGCGCAGCGAUUGGCCGAGCUGGAGAUCACGCUUCAUCAUCCACUGUUGCAGGAUGUGAAGAUCAUGGUCCCUCCCUGUCGUAACGUUCAGCCCAUCGAGGAGGUUUUAGAGGAUUGUAAACACGGCAUCCUUCCCAUAAUCCUCUACGCCGUCAAUAAAGACACCUUGAGCUCGGAGCAGGUGAACGACCUGCAGAAAGUUCGUGAGACUCUGUUGUUCCCGGUUUGCUUCAUACGAAUCCCGAGCGGUCCAGCCAAACCCGAAUCCCCGGAACCGUCCCGCUCUGGAGAAGUGGAUCGGAGCGCGCUCUAUAAGCAGCUGGUGUCUCUGGAUCUCAUCAGCAGUUCGGCGGGUAACUGCGCCUGCGGAGCUCCUGCGCAGACGCCCGGGGGAGCCGGCAAGAUGCAAAGCAUUCUGGGAGAGAGUUUAGAGCGCCUUCACCGCGUGCUGGUGCCGUUCACCAGACAAGUGCUGCAGAACCAACAGGCGGACGCCGCUAACCGGCUCAAUAGCGUUCACUGUCACAGUCUGGACCUCUUCAUUAACCAGGCGUUUGACAUGCAGCGAGAUCUUCAGAUCACACCACGCCGUCUGGAGUACACGCGUGAGAAAGAAGGCGAGCUCUUCUCCUCUCUCAUGGCCAUCGCCAACAAAAAACAAGAGGAGAUGAAGGAGAUGAUCGUGGAGACGCUCGCCAGCAUGAAGGAGCAGCUGCUGGAGGACGCCGCUAAUCUUGAGUUCCAAGAUAUCAUCAUGACGUCUAACGGAGAUCCUGUGAGCUCUAAAGACAUCAAGGUUUGUAUAAAUCAGAUUCAGGAUCUGAUCGUGAACCGACUCAAUCAAGCUGUGGCCAAUAAACUCACCAGUUCAGUGGAUUACCUGAGAGAGAGCUUUGUGGGAACACUGGAGAGAUGUCUGGCCAGUCUGGAGAAAUCCACCACUGAGUCAUGUGUUCAUAACGUCACAUCUAACCACCUUAAACAGAUUCUGAACGCUGCGUAUAACGUCGAGGUGACGUUUCGUUCUGGUUCCUCAGUCACGUGGCUGUUCUGGGAGCAGAUCAAACAGAUCAUUCACAGGAUAACUUGGGUCAAUCCUCCGUCUAUAACUCCAGAAUGGAAGCGUAAAGUCGCUCAGGAUGCUAUAGAGAGUCUCAGCGCUGCCAAACUGGCCAAGAGCAUCUGCUCACAGUUCAGGACUCGACUCAACAGCUCACAUGAAGCAUUCGCUGCUUCACUUAGACAGCUGGAGGAGGGUCACACCGGGCGUUUGGAGCGUACUGAAGAUCUCUGGUUGCGAGUGAGGAAGGAUCACGCCCCACGACUCGCCCGUCUUUCACUGGAGAGCCGAUCGCUCAGAGAUAUUGUCCUGAAUGGAAAGCCCAAGCUUGGUCGUGAGUUGGGUCGUGGUCAGUAUGGUGUUGUGUAUCUGUGUGAUAACUGGGGUGGACAUCACCCAUGUGCACUUAAAUCUGUGGUGCCACCGGAUGACAAACACUGGAACGACCUCGCGCUGGAGUUUCACUACACACGGUCUCUUCCUAAACAUGAGCGGUUGGUGAAUCUUCACGGGUCAGUCAUCGAUCACUCGUAUGGUGACGGCUCCAGUACGGCGGUUCUGUUGAUUAUGGAGCGGUUACACCGAGAUCUCUACACAGGACUGAAGGCGGGUCUGUCUCUGAAGGAGAGGUUACUGAUCGCUCUGGAUGUGGUGGAAGGCAUUCGGUUUCUGCACGGUCAGGGUCUCCUGCAUCGUGACAUCAAACUCAAGAACGUUCUGUUGGACAGACAGAACCGGGCCAAGAUCACAGAUUUGGGUUUCUGUAAACCAGAGGCGAUGAUGUCAGGCAGUAUAGUGGGAACGCCCAUACACAUGGCACCAGAGCUCUUCACAGGAAAGUAUGAUAAUUCAGUGGACGUGUAUGCGUUUGGGAUUCUCUUCUGGUAUCUCUGUACUGGGUCUGUCAAGCUCCCAGAAGCCUUUGAGAGAUGUGCCAGUAAAGAUCAACUGUGGACCAAUGUCAAGAAAGGAUCACGGCCCGAGCGUUUGCCGACGUUUGAUGAGGAAUGCUGGCAGCUCAUGGAAGCGUGCUGGAACGGCAACCCUUCCCAGAGACCUCUGCUAGGAAUCGUGCAGCCCAGCCUGCAAAGCAUUAUGGACCGUUUGUGUGACAAUUCUAACCAAAAGAGCGGACAACUCGACGACUCAAACUGACAUACACACUCCAACACACACACACACAGUAUAGUUUCACACGAGCUGUUAGGUUUGGUAUAUUUGUACAAAAAAAGUGUAUGGACUGAAAUGUUUCUCUCUUUGACGGACAUCAUAGGAAAUCAUUGCGUGUCAUAUUUACAGGCAGCGAGCACAGAUGAGUUGCGUUGCAUGUUUCAUAACUGCUGCUUCAUAGAGAUAUUUUACAUAUUGUUAAGUCUGUGUGUUACAUAUGAAAUAUUAAUUUUUAGAUGCUGUUUAGACUGGUUUACUGUUAUCCUGAGACACUUUUUUAAUAAAAUGAUUUGGAUCGAGA